AUUGGUCAGUUUCCGUGUGCCGUCAGAACGCACGCGGCCCCGUGGAAAUUGCUAGGUCCUAGGAAAAACCCGAGGAAGGUUACAUAAAUAUUUGAAAGGCGGAGAUUGGCUCCACGGUUUGCUGCUGCUGGACGUCGAAGGAACGACUUUCAUCUUCCAGCUGGUCGUUGAUACAUGUUCACACGACGACACUGUGUUGUGUGUGUGUGUGUGUCUGUCAGAUCAGCGUCGAGCUGAAGACGAAAAGAGAAAGAGUUUCAGCACAGGAGAAAACGUGAAAAAUCUCCAACUAUGACUGCGGUGGAUUACCCAGGGCAUACAACCAGGGACUCACUCCACUGGGAUGAAACAGAGUGCCUAAACUACUACGGGAUGUUGUCUCUUCAUGAGAUCUUUGAAAUAGUUGGAUCUCAGCUAACAGAGAUGGAUAUUGAAGUUUUGUCUUUCCUUUUGAAUGAAACCUACCCUGCCCCGCACCCUCUUGACCCAGCAGGCUGGACGGUCGAACCUGCUGAAGACAAUCCAGAGGACUCGGGUGUGGCACCAAGUCCACAACUGCUGAAAGUGUGGAAUCGAAUAAAACCAAAGCCAACCCUGCCUCCCUUAGUGGACUCAAAACCUAAGAGUGGUCUCAAGCUGCUGUUAGAACUUGAGAGGAGAGGAUACCUCGGUGAUGGUAACUUGGCACCACUGCUUCAACUACUGAGAGUUCUUACCCGCCAUGACCUGCUGCCUUUAGUGUCUCGCAAGAGGAGGAGGACAGUGUCCCCAGAAAGAAUUGGACAUAGAAAUGAAGUAGAUAACUCAGAGUUGSUGUUUGGACUACAUCAUACUUGCAGCCCGACAGAAAUGCCACUUCCAUCUUUCACACAACAUUUAACAACUGAUUUUUCCUCUCCUGUGGCUGGCUCAUCUACUAGGAGGCGAAGAAAGAGGAGAGGAAACGGUUGGAGCCGCAGGCCCAAGAAAACUUACAAACCGAUCCAGCCACUGCCUCUACCACCAGCACAUCUUAAAGUGUCAUGUGAUAUUCGCCUUCGAGUCCGGGCCGAGUACCUGGAGCAUGACUCAGCACUACGCGAUGGCGUCUCCUCAGACAAGCGGCAGCCGCUGGAGCGACAGUUCGAGUUGUUCAGUCGAGCCAGCUCGCUGCUGCGCACCAGAGACCUGGGCUCCAUCGUCUGCGACAUCAAGUUCACAGAGCUGGACAACCUCGAGGCCUUCUGGGGUGACUACCUGAGCGGAGCGCUUCUGGAGGCCCUAAAGGGAGUUUUUAUCACUGACUCCCUGAGGAUGGCUGCAGGCUCGGAGGGCGUCCGCCUUCUAAUCAGCGUGGACCAAGAUGACUACGAGGAGGGCCGAAGGCUGCUGAGAGCCAGCAAAAUGAUGUUCUCCAGUCACGGUGGGCGCAUAGAGACUCGCUAGGCUUUAUGACCCAAAAGACUCUGUGUGUUGUAAUAUACUAACGUUGAAGAAAACAGUAGCAUGGGCUGUAACUGCAGGUUAUGGGUUCAGGCAGAAUUUACAAGCACUUUAAUGCCUCUUUUUGCAAUCCAUGCAAUAACCACUAGAUGGCAGAAGUUACCACUGGCCACUAGUGUUCAAGGUGGAAUAUUAACAUUAUUUAUAAAUGGAAGAUUUAGUUAUAGAUUAGAGGGGUGUUUUCAGUUUUGAUUUAUGCACAGGUGCUUUUUUGUAAAAAAAAAAAAAUCAGAAUUAAACUGGAUGGAUGAAGAUUUUUUUUCUUUGUCUCUAAACAGGAACAAACAGGUUUGUGCCUCCUGAUCGAGUGCUAAGCUCCUCAUGACGUUAUUAGUUUAUAGAUAAAUUGAAGACACAGAUAAAUUAAAAAUAUUACAUCUACAAAAAUAAAUAUGAAAUUGACCUUAGUUAUAUUAUUAUUAUUUAUUAGUCUUACCUGCAACACCACCACGGAAAAAAGUUUAAUUAUUUUUGAUUUAACUCAAAUCUUAGAAAGAAAUUGCCUUAUUUUAAAAAACAGUUUAAAUGUUAAAAAAAGGGGGGAGAGCAAAAGCACAUCUGAUUUUUGUAAAACAAACGUUAGAAAUAAGCAUGGAAGAGGGGGGGGAGGGGCUUUUUACCACAGUUUGACUUUUGUGUCCAACUUUGGAGAGCCUAAAAGUGAAAUUCACAACUAGAUAACACUGGAAUUCUCAGUCCUGUGCACCAUGAUAACCCACCUCGUGUUUGCCGUGGUCAGUGGAUACGGUAGAUGACAGCAGUGAUUAGGGAUGGAUCUCAGCAGACCAUGGAAGAUUCAUCAUCACAAGCUUGUCAGGAGCAUCCCUGAUAAUGCAACGGUGGCUUGUGUCUGGGCUUCCAACGAGGCCUCAGCAAGUGCUCCUCUCAGCAAGUAAAGCACAGGACAGUGCGUCAGUCAAUAGAAGUGAUGUUGGAGAGAUCAAAAUCAAAAGUGCACAUCCCAGCUCCACUCAGCCCUGCCAUGUUGGCCCAGUAGAGUGGCUCACAGACAGCUGUCUACUCACCCUGCUGGAACUAAUGCCUGGACUUCACUCAUAGAAGACGAUCAAUAAGGCCUCACUCUUAAGUCCCUUCAUACUGGCACGACUUAAGCAAGCAGACAGUGUCUGAAGUGAAAGUCUCUGCAGGGCCAAGCUGAGAGACCUGGGUGAACAAUGGACACAUUUCUAUGUUUAUUUUUCUGUGGUUUUGGUAAAAGUAAUUAUUGUAUGUUUGUGUUGUUCUCUGAUUCCAGGGAACAUUUUUGUUAAGGUUUUUUUCUUUUCUUUUUUUUAUAACUUUCUGUAAAUCUUUAUAAAAGUGGAAAUUAUUUCUGGUGAAAAAUAAAAAUUGAAAGGUCUCA